AUGAGUGGGUCCAAAGUGACGCGGACUUACGAAACGCACUGCAGCACACAUGGGAGGCUGUUUCACACCGUGCCUACCCCGAAUAAGUUCCCUACGAAGUCUCAAAGCCACGUGUUUUGCAAAGUCUGGUUCACGGACUAUGCAAAACACGUGGCUAGUGUGCAUUCGACAAUGCAAUCCCCACGACUUCGAUUGCUACGGCACUCCACGGCCAGCUUGUGUCUGCGUUUGUUGCUGAUUCGACGCCAAGCCGCUUUAGAGCGGUUGACAAUACCAGAUGUGACUUUCUCGUUGGACAAGUACUCCGACGCCGACUCGAAGGAGAAGUUCUGGUUUGUGAAGGAAGACCUCAAACGACUCAGAAGGUGUUUGAACAUUCCAGUACGUAUGGUGACGGCUGAGCGCACAGCCUGCACUGGUAUCGAGGCUCUUUGCAUCGUGCUGCGCCAGUUUGCUGUUCCCGACCGGUGGUACGACUUGAUGGCGAUGUUUGGCCGCUCGUGCAGUUGCCUAUGUAACAUCUACCUCCAAACUCUCGACCUCAUCUACAACAAGUUCCGUGACACGAUAUAUCUCGACUUCAACCGGAUUCGCACCAAGUUGGCGUCCAUUAGCAAAGCGAUUGUCGACAAGGGUGGUGAGGUACACAAUGUGUGGGCGUUCAUUGAUGGGACAGUUCGUGAGUGUUGUCGCCCUGCCGGAGACGAAAGACAGCGAUCCGUGUUUAACGGUCACAAAAGACGUCAGGCAAUCAAGUUCCAAACGUUGGUCACCCCGGAUGGCAUCAUAUCACACGCGUUUGGCCCAAUCGAAGGACGCCGCCACGACCAAUUGUCGAUUUCAAAAAAAAAUGCGAGUUGGAGGUAG